AUGGCGGACAAUAUCGACUACUACAGCCUUGAGGCUGGACGGAAGACCGACUCGGAGGAAGCUCUCUUCCGAAAGGAAAUCCGACACGGUUUCAUAAGGAAGGUGUACGGGAUCAUCUCUGCUCAGUUGCUGCUGACAACUGUGGUGACAUCGCUGUUGUUGUUCAUCCCUGGAGGAACGUCGUGGGCAAAGCAAAGCAGUGGAUCAGUCAUCAUUGCCUCGACGGUGCUCAUGUUGAUUUCCUCCUUGGUCCUGAUGUGCACUACCGCCCGGAUGCGUUAUCCCUACAACUAUUUGUUGUUGCUGGUGUUCACUUGCUCGGAGGCGAUGCUGGUUGCCGUAGUCUCUGCUUUCUACGCUGCCUCAUCUGUUGCCUUUGCCCUGGGAGCCACGGUCGUCAUAACGGUGGGGCUGUCUCUCUUCGCGUGUCAGACGAAGCACGAUUUUACCUCCUGUAUGGGGGUGAUGUUCGUCUUGACUCUGAACCUGGUACUGUUUGGACUCCUUGCCCUCUUUCUGGGGACCUGGGCUCAGGUGCUGUAUUCUUCGCUUGCGUUGCUUGUCUUCUCCUUCUAUCUCGUGAUCGACACACAGCUCAUCAUUGGCAGAGGACAACUCAGACUCGAAGAGGAUGAUUACAUUGUUGCGGCGGUUAUGAUUUACCUAGAUAUCAUCAACAUCUUCCUUACUCUCCUCAGACUCUUUGGAGAACGCUCAGACUGA